UGAAGUAGGUCGAAGGCUAUCUCCAUCUGGCCCUCCCGCAUUCCCGCCUAUCGGCGCCACUUUAACAUCAUGGACGCGCUCUACACUUCCGUCAAAGUAUUUGUAUCCGCAGCACUUCUCUGGUACAUCGUCGUCUCAUACCGCUCAUACCGCCGUCUACCUCACGUUCCGGGUCCAUGGCUCGCCGGCUGGUCUAGUUUUCGGCUCGUCGGCGCAACGUGGAGGAAACGAUCACACAUCAAGUUCUUCGAAACCACGAAGAAAUAGGGUAUCUUAGUUACGCUGAGCUAAUGACUUGGAUGGAAAGCAACUUGUUGUAGG